AAAAAAAAAAAAAAAAAAAAAAAAAUGUCUCCACAAAACAAAAAAACACACACACACACACGCAAAUAGGAAUAAUAAUUAGGGGAUGCCACAAGGACCUGUGUGGUCUUAUCUUAGACUACCAAAAGGAACAAAAUACACAGCGCUCAACACACUGUUUUUGCCUCUCACAUCAAAACUCAAAUACCAAAACUUUUUUGCCUUUCUUGUUGGGCUUCACUUUCCCUGUGUUGUGGUUAGAACAAGCAAUCUGUGUGUCUGUGUGUGUGAGAGAGAGGGACAGAGACACAGAGGCGCAUUUUAAUUGAGAGAGAGAGAGAGAGUGCGCAUCAUAUCAUAUCCACUUGUCACUCUCAAUUUCUGCGCUUCCACCCUCACUGACAACUCGUAUCAUCCUACCUGAUUCCCCUCUUCUUUUUCUAUAUUUUUUUAUUUAUUUUUUCUUCUGCGGAAAAGAUGGUGACUGAAAAAAAGUCUGUAGAAUACCCAGAAAAGUAGAGAUAGAGAGAGAAACAAAAAGGAAAGAUAGAUAGAGAGAGAGUUGCCAGGUUAACAUGUAUUCAUGGAGUUUGUGAAGCAUGUUAUUCACUUGCAUUCAAUGAUCAUGUCCCUCCAUCUCCACCUCUUUGUUCUGUACCUGGUUCUCUAUUCUGCAACUGUUUCUCUCUCGUAUGAACCUAGCAACCACGAAGUUCAAGCUUUGAUUACUAUUAGGAGUGCUUUAAACGACCCUCACGGAGUUCUGAACAACUGGGAUGAGGACUCUGUAGACCCAUGUAGUUGGGCUAUGAUCACUUGCUCUCCUGAUAAUCUCGUCAUUGGCUUAGGAGCUCCAAGCCAAGGCUUAUCAGGAACUCUGUCUGGGAUGAUUGCAAACCUAACAAAUCUUCGACAAAUAUUGUUGCAGAACAACAACAUCUCCGGUAAAAUCCCACCGGAGCUGGGUUCACUUCCGAACCUUCAGACAUUGGAUCUGUCCAAUAACCGGUUCUACGGUCACGUGCCGGAGUCUUUGGGUCUGUUGAAUGGUCUACAAUAUCUGAGAUUGAACAACAAUAGCCUAUCUGGAGCUAUUCCUGUGUCUUUAGCUAAAGUCCCUCGACUUGCUUUCUUGGACUUGUCUUUUAACAAUCUUAGUGGACCUGUGCCCAAAUUUCCUGCCAGAACAUUUAAUGUUGUGGGUAACCCUCUGAUUUGUGGGAACCAUGCCACUGAAGGUUGCUUUGGAUCAGGCACCCCUGUUCCUCUUUCUUUCGCUCUAGAUUCAUCUACUGGAAAAUCCAACUCCAAGAAAAUAGCUAUUGCGCUUGGGGUCAGCCUCGGCUUUGUCUCUCUAUCCCUCUUAGCACUUGGGUUCCAUUUUUGGCGAAGAAACAAAAAGAAAAGGCAAAGCAUCCUAAACAUCAAUGAUAUUCAGGAAGAGGGUAUAAUGAGCCUAGGCAACCUCAGAAACUUCACAUUUAAAGAACUCCAAGCUGCAACUGACAAUUUUAGUUCCAAGAACAUACUUGGUGCUGGGGGGUUUGGAAAUGUGUACAGAGGGAAGUUGGGAGAUGGCACAACGGUGGCAGUGAAAAGGUUAAAGGAUGUGAUGGGAACUGCUGGGGAAUCACAGUUUCGGACAGAAUUAGAGAUGAUCAGCCUUGCUGUUCACCGUAAUUUGCUCCGGUUAGUCGGAUACUGUGCCACCCCGAGUGAGAGGCUUCUUGUGUACCCGUACAUGUCUAAUGGCAGUGUGGCCUCAAGGCUGAGAGGAAAACCAGCACUAGACUGGAACACUAGAAAGAGAAUUGCAAUAGGAGCUGCAAGGGGUCUUUUAUAUCUCCACGAGCAAUGCGAUCCAAAAAUAAUCCAUAGGGAUGUGAAGGCAGCUAAUGUUCUCCUGGAUGACUACUGUGAGGCCAUUGUUGGUGACUUUGGGCUUGCCAAGCUCCUUGACCAUGCUGACUCUCAUGUUACCACGGCUGUCCGUGGUACUGUUGGCCACAUUGCACCAGAGUACCUCUCCACCGGCCAGUCCUCUGAGAAAACUGAUGUGUUUGGAUUUGGUAUUCUUUUAAUAGAGCUCAUAACUGGAAUGAAAGCUCUUGAAUUUGGCAAAACGGUUAAUCAGAAAGGUGCCAUGCUUGAAUGGGUGAAGAAAGUGCAACAAGAGAAGAAAGUGGAAGUAUUAGUGGACAGAGAGCUAGGGAGCAACUAUGACCGGAUUGAAGUUGGAGAGAUGCUGCAAGUAGCUCUACAUUGCACUCAAUACCUGCCAGCCCACCGCCCCAAGAUGUCUGAAGUGGUGCGAAUGCUCGAAGGGGAUGGCCUUGCCGAGAAAUGGGCAGCCUCCCAUAACCAUAUAAAUCCCAACGCAAACUUUGCCCUUGUCUCCAAAAACCAGAUGCAGUCACGCCUUACCACCCACCCUAGACAUGAUGACAAUCAUUAUGAUCAUUCAAGCAUGUUUGGCAUGAGUUUGAGUAUGGAUGAUGACCAUGAUGCCUAUGCCAUGGAACUCUCUGGUCCAAGGUAGAAAAAGUAGACAAAAGAAAAAAGUGUAGAGAAGUGAAUUCUUUUUUAUUUCUUUAUUAAAAGCCAAAGUUAACUUAGUUAUAAGGGGAAAAAGAAUAAUAUGUUUAACCCUAUCUUUCUCAUCUUUGUAAUUUUUUUUGUUUUGUUUUUCUUGGUAGUUUGGUUUUGUAAUGUAUUAUGUAUAUAUCCUUUUCUAAAGCCAAAUACUUUGGUCUUUAGCAUCUUCA